GGGAAUAUUGUUAUAACUCCCCAAAUGUUUAGGUCGCUUUCAACCGUAGGCAGCUUCAGUCUUAAAAAUGACUCUAGAUGUUACCGAACUGAAAUCAAGACUGAACGAACAGUCUGAAUUGAUUAUGAUCCUUAAGUCGAGGGCUGAUUCUGAAAUGGAACAUCGCAAGCUGGCUGAAUACAAGUUAUUGUCCGAAUUAGGCAAAAAUCAAGAACUUACAGAAAAGCUUUUGGAAUGUCAGCAGAGAGCUGCUGAUGCCGAAUUAAAUAAUCGUGUCUUACGAUCAACAUUGGAUAGUCUAAGUUACGAACUCUUCAGUCAUACAUCAGCUAAACAGUCAGAAAAUGAUAUCUCGAAGACAAACAUAUAUACGCAAACUGAAUUGAGAGACAAUUUUCAGGAUAAGAACACAAGCGCUGAUUAUUACGACGAAGAACGCCUUGAUGAGAUUUCCUCUAAGUUAAGAGAACUCAGAAGACAAAAUAGUGAGCUUUCUAAAUUGGUCAAUGGAGUGAAGUUAACUCACUUACAAAACCAUAAAGCGAUGCAAAGUCGACUGAAUCAUGUGGCAGCCUUAAUUUCUACUAUCCACAAUAUUUAUCUUCGGACAAAACAAAACUAUGACAGUGAUUAUGUUAAAUGGGAAAGUGACAGACAGAUAUUAAUAUCACAGUUAGAGAAUGAGAAGAACUUACAUAAAGAAACCCUUAUGAAAAUGAGUAGCAUCGAAUCAGAUAAAGUUAAGUUGGAGAAUACUGUAAUUAAAUUGAAAGAAGCAAGAGAACGUGAAAUGAAAGAAUUCAGCACUAACAAACACAUAAAAUACUUAAAUGAGGAGCUCAAUAAUUCUAAAUUAGAAUUGCAGCAAUCGAAACAGCAAUGUAAAAUAAUGAUUUCUAUCGAAUUAAGUCCACAAUAUUCACUGAAUAAAAGAAAUGUACUUGCAAAAUGCAAAUCUGUAAGAUCAAAUUCGUCUUUAAAUUACACAUCUCAGCUCAAGUUCAUAAAAUAUAUUAGGUUUGAAGAUUCUUGGGGAAUUGAUUUGUCACCUUUGACCUUCCACGCCAUUCUUAUUUCGAUAACCACUGCGCGUUGCGAUAGGAAAUAGCUUGAGAUGCUCAGUGGCCCCAUCCAUCGAAUUAAAUUCCUCGAGAAAUUGUCUAUGCCUUACCUGAAUACUGGUUCCACCGAACAUCAGCAAGGCUUUGAAGGGACUUAUAUUCAAAAACGUGUAAAUACUUCAUAUCUUCUGUUUUUAAGGACCACAAGAACGACCGCUUUCUGGCUUGCCCGAGCGAUUAUAAAUUGUACAGUGAACAGUUGGAAGUAUCUAGUUUCAUAUAAGAUAAAUGAAAGAAGAUGGUUCAUAAAGAAAGGCUUCAUUUCAAAGAGCAAACAGUUUAUCGAAGGGGACGCCUUUAGAAGUAAUCAGCUUUUCAAGGUUACGGGGCUAUAAAAAGCAUUAGAUUCAAUCAAUUUACAAUAAUUUCGAGACCUACUCUUGAGUCAGUAUACUUUUAUUAUAUACUACAUUACGACAAAUUGAGCAUCUGGAGUGGGACUAUUGGGCAUGAAGAUAAUUACAACGAGCCUGCUAGUGUAAGAAUAUUCAUAAUAACCUAGUUAUGGUACAUUACAGAGUGCAUACACCAGUAGGAAGAUGGAUAACUUAUUUUGUCUAUUACUAAAAUGUAGUUAGAUUACUGAGAAAAGGACAGUUUUCCCGAAAUCCAUUUCGAGGAAUUAAACCAUCUGACCUACAGUUUAUUUCGGUUGGUAGGUUUUAGUGGUUUACUCAUUUUCACCAUGUGAUGACAUCAGCUGGAGAACCUUCGAAAAAAUGAAAACACUUUACAGAUGUUUCGGCCUAGUUCAGAAUUCUUUACCAUUGUGCACCAGCUAUCUCAUAAGGUGGAAAACUGUUAGGCGCAAGGUUCCAACCCAUUGGCUGAAUAGUAACUUGCUAAUCCUGAAUCUUGACAGUUAUGAGUUGCAUCUCUAACAGGGUUAUGAGUGGACAUUGUUGAGGAGUCCCAAACUAAAGCAAAACACGUAUUCAGUGGCUUCAGUUUCCAAAUUGUUUUCAAUCCGUUAUGAAAGGUCCUCUGAGAGUUCGUUUAGCGAACCUCUUUACCAUAUUCAUUUUAAUAGCUGGCAGUGGAAACCAGGAUGCACUUUCGUCCUAUUUGAGACUUUUCAGCUGGAUAUAGGUGUACUCCAGUGAGUGAAGUUUUUCCCAUUGAAACUUUAACCCAGUACCCAUCGUUUCAAACGCCAAAGUGUUAUCCACUAAACCACUAGGCACGAAAGCCACUAGUUGUGCGACGGGUAUCAUUUGUUGUUAUUUGAUACUUGUAAUUUAUCGUCGCUAUACAUGAUUAAAUUACUCGACUUCUGUUUGCAAAUGGGCUCUUCUGCGAAUGCUUCUAUACUACCAGGUAUUCAUGAUGUUGUUUCCUUCUUGGUGACUCACACUGGAGUCUCCCAGUGGCCUAGUGGAUGACGCUUUGGCAUAUGAAGUGAUGGUUAUUGUGUUUGAAUCUCAGUGGGAACAACAUCACUCACUCAAGAGCUUGUACCACCGGCCGACGAGCCUCAAAUGGGAAGAAACGCAUGUCCUGGAUUCCACUGCGAGUCAGCAAGAUGAAUACAACAUCAUGAAUAUCCGGUAGUAUCAGGGCGUCCGCAUACAAGCUCAUCUGCCAACGGAGAUCUAGUAAUUCAAUCCUGUGUAGCAACGGGUAGUUACAAUAAUCAAACAACAAACCUCUUUACUAUUGGCAUGAAACGUUUUUCCCUCCAUGUAAAUUUUAGCUUCUCUAAUAGCAGGAUUUCUAUAAAAUUGUACUGGUAAUGUAGGGACACAUCAUGUUGUUCAGGGUAUUCGAUUUGACAGCUGAAAGCCGAAUUUGAUAGAAAAAGUCACCCUAGUAAAUUUGUGUCUUUGGUUUAUAGUUAUUUUUGUCGAAAUUCAGCCGGUGUUUGAUAGUUACUCAGUUCCUACUUUGUAGAGCUGGAGGGUUUUAUUUCUAUCUGAAAGAGAAGGGAUGGCUUCUUACUGAUAUAUUUUCUAAGACAUGAUGGCACAGCUACACAAUAUUCCUUGACUAUUACCAACUACUAUGAGAAAUGGGUGCAAAUUUGUCACAAAUUCUCAACGUACUGACCUUAUAUUUGUUUGUUUCUUAUUCUCUUAAAAAUUUGUCUCAUCAUAGGAUUUCGAAGCUUAUAAAAUCUAUGCCAAAGAACUAUUGGAUAAUGAGAAAAGGUUGAACAAAGAGCUUCGACAGUCCUUCAACUAAAAGAAAUAUCAAGAAAUAGGAACAAACCUUUAAAAAAAAUGAAUUUUCAAAUCGAAAUGAUAUUUUCUAAACAGAUAUGUCAAAAUGUAUAUGUAUUCUCAUAAUAAGAACAUAAGUAUUAA